AUGAAUUUCAAUAGGAAGAAAGGUAGUAUAGAGGAUCCUCAAGGGGAAGAGGAUUCUCAUUCAUCCUCAUCUGGUGAAGGAUUAUUCACCUCGUCCUUUGUGCCAAAGAGGAUGGAGCAAAUCAGCCAAAACCCACCCCACCAAAGACCUAUAAACCCGAAUUAUACAUCCCAAGUUCCUCACCAAUUUCAUGGGGGUUCACCUUCACAAAAUGUCCCAUUAUUUCACAUGUCUCAACAUUUUACCCAACCCAUGGAUCAAUCUCCAGGAGUAAAUGUUAGUAGCACUACUUCUCCAACAGAAGAUGUGCGGGAAGCGCAACAUCUAGAAGAUCUCGAUGAUGAUGUUGUUAACAUUACUGGAGAAGACCCCAGUGAUAAAAAAGCUAGUGCAUGGAGUAUAGCUGAGGAUAAGACGCUUGUUUCAGGCUACAUCAAUGCCGGUGGGAAUGUUACCAUGAAUACGAAACGAACUAAAGCCGGUUUAUGGGCUGCAAUUAGGAAGUUAUACGAAGAGGCACGAGUAGAAAACCUUGAAGAGAUAAGUGCACAGACCAUUAAGUCCAUGCAACAACGUUGGGAUUUUAUCAACAGAUGGGUUUCAAAAUGGGUUAUGGCGUACAGUUACAUCCUACGACACCCGAAAAGUGGAAACUCAGGCGGAGACGCUGUCCAACGUGCCCAUGAGUAUUAUGCAAAACUCAAUCAUGGAAAGCACUUUACUUUGAUGCAUUGUUUGGAAACAAUGCAAAAUUUUCCUAAAUGGGACCCACAUAUGGUCCAACAGCUUCCUUUGGAGAGCGAGGGAAAUGGGACACGAUCCGAACCAGAAUCACCAAGUGUGGGUGCUGGAAGAAAGCGGCCUAUGGGCAUAAAAAAAUCAAAGAGUGUAGCUGCAGAAGGUAGUAAUUCUUCCACAUCGAUAAACCUUGAAUCUUUCAACACAACUCUUGACGAAACUAGUGAUAAGCGGCUUGAUCAAGGAGAACAAAUGAUCGACUUAAUAAGUAAAAGGAAUAAAAAAUAUUGUAUCCUAAUUUCGUGUGUUAUUGUAUCAAAAUAUUGGUAA